AUGGCGACCUACAUCAACGAGCUCCGCGCGCUCAUAGAGUCCACCUCGACCUCCACUGCGCCCGACGGCGCCGAGCCGGGCUCCGCGCACCUCGAGGUCAAGCUCCGCGAGGUGCUCCCCAACCUCCUCCGCGACUACGUCGUCACCUCCCCCAAAGGUGACCGUGAAGUCUACAGACAAUUCUUUCUAGAUGCUAUGGUUUGCGGUAGAAGAAGUCCUAGUGGUGUGCCUCCUGGAAGAUGUUUAGUUAAAUGCCUCUGUGGAUCCUUCUUGGAUAUAUUAGACACACCUGGGCCUUAUAGUGAGCUCCUAGCCAGUUGCCGACCUAAGAAUGGACCUGGCGUGCUGGUUGAUCUGACAGGCGAUGCAAGAUGGCGCCCAUUUGCCACUUCGUUGAUUAAACUAGUUAACAAGUGUCUUACAGAUGGGACCUUGUAUGUUGAUGGGCUUGUUAACAUGCCAUUUGUUUCUGCUGCUUGUUCUAUCCUCUGCUAUGGGGAUGGUUCUCUGCAUAAGGUUUGUUUUGAUUUCACACGUAUUGUUGCCACAGUAAUGACUUCUGAGAUUCUUCCUCUAGAAAACAUCAUUCGUUCAAUCACAUGCAUUUUGAGCCAAGAAAUUAGCGAACUCUCCGAUAUCAGAGAUGCAGAUUAUGACUUCUCAAUGGGAGCGUGUCUUCGUGCACUGCAUUCUUCAUGUCCUGACUAUAUUGUUGAAUCUACAGCUGUUGAUAUUGUUAAUAUUCUCGAAAAAGCAGUAAAGACCAGCAAAAGAAAAGUGCAGAACUUCAGGUUCAAGGACCAACUUGACUUACCUAGGUUCUAUGCAUAG